GUCCUCGCUACAGGUCCUAGCAAAUCCAUAGAGUGAUAAUAACACAAAGGGUGAAGUUAAGCCCUAACUUGUUAACAAUAAAAUAUUUAAACUCUUACAAUAUUCGUAGAAAAAGUCACUUCACCUCCUGCAUGACGGUAUGCUGCGAUCGUACUACUUUUUUAUAUUUUUAAGGGUUGACAUUAUAUAAGGAGCUGAGGGUGGCGGGGCGCACUGCGACGUUUUCGGCAUUUUAAAAUGAUUUCACCGGCUGAAAAUCCUCAAAUAAAAUGAGUCAGUGUAAACGGAACGGCAGGGGAAAAUAUUGGGCGUCAUUUUUGUACAUUUUAGCGGCGGUGUGUGAGAGCUGUUUCCUCUUCAUAUUGACGACGGGCUGUUUCCUCUCUGCUCUCAUUACGCAGUCUUCCAGGACCGCCGUGCUAACCCUUCAAGCCCACAAGUUUGGAGAAAUAUGUUGUAAGUUUAAUCAGUUUGCAGAGACGAGAUGGAGCCCGAUUCACUGGCGUGGGUAGGUUCACCUUGCGGUUUGCACGGACCAUAUACAUUCUACAAGGCUUUUCGGUUUAACCUUGACGGUAAACGGAGGCUUCUGUCGUUGGGAGACUUCUUCUUGGUGCGCUGUCAGCCGGGAGAGCCGCUCUGCAUCGCCGAACUGCAGCUGCUCUGGGAGGAGAGGACCAAACUCCAACUCCUGUCCAGCUCCAAACUUUAUUUUCUACCAGAGGACACCCCGCAGGGGCGGAGUGCCAGUCACGGCGAGGACGAGGUCAUUGCAGUGUCUGAGAAGGUGAUUGUUCGAUUGGAGGACCUGGUCAAAUGGACAGUAUGGGACCCCCACGCCUGGAACAGAGGAAUGAAGGUUUUACCCCUCAAGAUCAGCACCGUUAACAGAGACAGAAGCAGGGAAGACUCCUCCCUCCGUUACCAGGACUCAACUCUCAGCUGUGGCCUUCACUUCAAAGAUGUGUUAAAGGAGAAAGCCGCACUAGGUGAAAGCUUGACCCAGAAGCAGGUGCUAGUCCUGUCCUACCCCCGCUACUGCAGGUACCGCUCGGUUGUGGCCCGGCUACACAAGCAGCCAAGAUCUCUGCUGACCAACCAGGUGGUUUUGGCACUGGGUGGCAUCGCAGUGUAUUCUGAAAACAUGCACAUCCUGUACUGUCGCGACACAUUUGACCAUCCCACACUACUGCAAAACGAGAGCGUGUGUGAUGAAUUUGCUCCCAACCUGAAGGGUCGUCCCAGGAAAAAGAAACUACCCAACCCUCAGUGUUGUGGUCAGGGGUUAGAGGUUAAUGGUCGACGUCAAACACCACCUUUUUCCAAGGAGACUGAACGAACAGGAGGAGGAACCAAUGUCAAGAUGACAGCAGACAAAGCAGGCUUAUCCAAACCCAGAGGAAACAGCAGCAGCAACAGCAGCAGUUAUGUGAGUGACAGCAGCAAGAUCACAACACUUCCACUGUCAGAGAAGAGACGAGGAAGAGGACGAGAGGUGGAGUACAAAGCAGAGGAGCAGGCUUUCCUUGUAUCCCUGUAUAAAUACAUGAAGGAGAGGAAGACACCAAUUGAGAGGAUCCCCUACCUGGGCUUCAAACAGAUAAACCUGUGGACCAUGUUCCAGGCUGCUCAGAAGCUGGGAGGAUAUGAGGUGAUCACAGCUCGUAGACUGUGGAAAAGCAUUUAUGACGAGCUUGGAGGAAACCCAGGCAGCACCAGCGCAGCGACCUGCACACGUCGACACUAUGAAAGGCUCAUCCUGCCCUAUGAGAAGUUCAUCAAAGGAGAAGAGGAAAAGCCCCUCCUCAAGGCCAAAGCCAGGAAGAAGGAGGCAGAGUCAAGCACUGAAUCUUCUAAUAGUAUGUCUGCUCCCACCUUGAAGACCAAGCUGACUGAUGAGGUGAAGCAGCUAGCCCAGAAACUGUGCCCUGAGGAGGAUGACGACCUGGAAGCCAAAGAUCACGAUCAGAGCGGACCAGAACUGAUGUUAAAAAAUCCUCAGCUGAAAAUUGAACCCCAAAUCUGCCUAACCCGUUUGGAUCCCUCACAGCCUUCAUGUAGUAACAGAAAAAGACAAAGCCCAACACAAAAUGGCAGGGAGACUCAGAUGAUCCAGCAACAGGAAGAGGAAGAUGAAGUACUGAGAAAGAGGAGAUCCAGUGGAUGUGACCUCACUUACUUGGCAACGUCUCCUCUGACUACUCCAAAGGUUUUAAACCAUGCCCACUCAGCAGUGGAUCUCUGGCAGCAAGAGAUAGUACCAUUAAAGGACCAGUGCCAUCCUGGGAAACCAAGAAACCUACAAUCUCCAACAAUCCCAGACCCACCCAAUGAACAAGCCGAACUACCAAGGACAGAGGACACCGUCUUGGAUUUCACAGCUUUCCUCAAGUCCUCUGGGGUUAACAAGAUGAUAAUAUCUCCAGUAGAAAAGAAAAAGCUCCUAUUGCAGGUCAACGGAACUGGAUUACCCAAUCAAGACCACUUGCUUUCGAACUUUGGCCAGCCUCCUCCACUCAUUUGCUCCAGUUUAACCAAUUGUAUCCUUGAAGAAGCAGCAGAGCAACCAGUUGUAGUUGCGGAUUCAUCAGUAGUGGUACUGAGUCGGCCUUCGGUAAUACAACAUGCACAGAGCCUCAAGGCACGAGUCCAGAAAGACAGAGCGAGAAAGAUUCGAGAAAGCACACUUCCUCCUUUAUAUUCACAUGAUCAUUUACAUUAUGUGCCCCCUUCUCACUCCAAUCCAGAAGAGCCGCAGUGUCCCUCAACACCUUUGCUGACGCCUAAGAUUCCUCAAUCCAGCCAGACACCUCCUGGCUUCCCCUAUGACUUCUACUCAUCCUUCUCAAACCUUCAUUGUUGGUACAGGAAGGCUGAGACAGCGUGUAAGACAGUAGAUGCAGAGUUGGUUCAUGAUGGAUCUAAAGAACCCCAGAGACAAGGAGCUACCCUCUCAAGAGACUCUAAUAGCGCUGCAAGAUUCCUUCAGUCUGCUGCUCCUCAAGAUUCAAAGUACCCCACCUCUAAUGAUCAGGAAAAUUCUUCCAAUCCAAAAAUGACAAUAUCUGAUGAUCAACCCACAGAUCUAAGUCUCCCGAAGGCUUCUCUUAAACCACUUCCGCAACCCUACACUUCCUGUCCCAUCACAUGUUCCACAAGGCAUCAGGAGUGUACCCCACCUUUCAGUGUUGCCCAGUACUCAAGAGCAUGCCAGGUGCCUCCACUUACUGGGUUGCCUCCAAACAUACACAGUUCCAGACAAGACAUAGCAGUUAAACCCUAUUUUAGAGCCACUGAGGUAGCAGUAAAUGGUACAGUCUGCAAUGGAAGAGUGGUAAAGAAAAAAAUAGAAGGAGACGUGGGAAAGCGACAAAGACUGGAAACUGAUCUUUACAACAAGAUGACUGAACCAACCCAUGCUGGCAGAAUUGUCUCAGGAUCACAGGCUGUAGCACACAAUAUCUGUGUUGCACGACCCCUCAACGAGCUUGGACACAGCAUCUCAAAAAGGAGGAUGCAAGCUGUUACUCUCAAGGAUGUCUCUCCCUCAACUCCUUCUAGAAAGAUCAAAACACCAGAAGAUUCUGGUGACAGCUUUGUGAAAGAAGGUGCAGAGGGAGCAAAGGGAGGGGGGCCUGCCUCACCCUCUGUCCUCCUCAACCCUACUACUCCUCAAAUCUACCCCAUCACCCUUUAUCCUGCAGGGACCCUUGCACUCUGUCAGGUUCAGGACUUGUGCAGGGGUACCUUAACCAGAGACUACCCCCAUUCUUCCCUCUCCAGCCUCCAAUAUCAAUCAUUGGAUGUCCUUUCCCCAUUGGUCUCACCUUUUGACAUCCAUUCUUUGAUGAUACAAAGGCAGCUAUUGGCUCAUUCAGCUGCCAGUGUGACACAUAUCUUCCAACAACCAGCUUCAUCUGAUUCACCACAGUCUGUAUUCAGUGUCAGUCAACCCACAGCCCACCGUCAGCCAGCCACAGUUAAACUCAGUUCACCCAAGCACGAACCUGUCAUAAUACACAGGCUGUGACAGUUGACAUUACUCUCCCUUAGGACUCAGGUCUGAUGGUUUCUAAGUACUGUGAACAGCAGUAAGUGUGCGGAAUCCAAUUUUUACGAUUCCCAUAUGGAUCACAUGGAUAUAUGUAUAACAGAAAGUAGAUCCUGACUCAUGCGACCUACACCAGACUUGUAUUUCACAGAAAGAUUAACUGGAAUCCAUAAAAAAUACAUUUUACAUCAAUAGGCUUUUUUCACAGAAGACAUUUUGACAUAUGACAGUAGAAAAAGCACAAGUAUAAAUAAUAAAAUUGAUGAUUACUGUUUUCCAUUUAGUUGCUUUGGUUUCAGGGCCCUGGUGUUGUGCAUGCUGGCUCACUGUAGUGAUGGGUGGACGGUACCAAGGCACCAAAGCUUGUUUCCUCCUGUUAAAUGUAUUAAUUCAGUACACUGUGUCGGGGCUUGUGUCAAAUGAAGAACAUCACAUGACUGUUGCUUCUGAAGUUUCAAAUGUCACUGGUGCUUUAGUAAGCUCUUCAUUCAGCAGACUAACUAUAUACUCAAGUGAGAUCAGAACCUGUUUAAUUUUAGAAUCUACUUACAGAAUAGAAUAGUAAUAGUUUUGAAAUGGGAUAUAAAACUUGAAAUGAAAUAUUGACUGUACAAAGGAAAUAUGGACUGUGCUAUGGACAAAGAAAUAAAGUGUAGAAGUCUACAUUAGCUACACACCCAUUAGCUACAUUAAUACUUUGUGUCAACAAAAAUAUUAAAAUGCAGACUUUAUGAACAACACAUUUAUUAAUAAUUUUACUGUAGCAUGUUGUACAAUAAUGUAAAUUUACUGCAGCACUUGUUAACAAGAGUAUAAUCAUAGAUUAAUAAAUGACACAUGCUUCUCAGACUUUGCGUAUAUAUUAAAUUGAAAGUAUAAAAUCAGGGAGGUGUUGCAGUGCUUUGGACAUUAGUCUUCAAGUGCCGUAUAAGUCCUGCAAACUAUCUGAUAUCAUUGCGCUUGCUGAGUUCAGUGCCCCCGAAGCUUCAAAUCCUUUUUCAGCAUAAACAGGCAGAAAGUACCAAAGCUUUGUAAGGUUUCAUCAGCCCAUCUCUAGCUCACUGCGAUGGCUCACUUAGACACUUGAAUAGAACAGAGCCAUUGUUAAUGUUACUAUGACAAGUCAAAAUGUCUACAAUGAAAAAAGCCUUUCACCUGAGACUAUAGAUGGACAUUGUUUUUUGCUUUUUCAUUAUCAUAGAAUAAAUACAGAUUUCAUGCUUGUCCACAUUAACAUCGUGUAAAUGUACGUGUCUCCAGUAUCUUGACACUCACACAAACCAGGCAGCUCAGUAAUAUUUAGUCAGAAACAGUCAAGAUAGACACACCUUGUCUUUAGCUGGUCUUACCCUUUCUGAUGAAAACACAUCAGACUUCACUCCAGUACAUUUCAGUGGACACUAUUGUAUAGACAUGACCUGAUAACAUGUCUCACUUUUACUGUAUGUUUACAACUUGCACAUUCUGCUGUUUUGUUGUUUUCAAAUUGUGUUUUAGUCCAUAAUCAAUUAUAUAAAUUUUAUACAUUGCUGUUUAUGUUGUUGGCAUGGUGAGUUUGUAUUUGCAAGUGCCUCCUGUAAUGUGCCGUCUUUCUUUCUUUCAGCAGACAUUUAUCAUGUUUUUGUCAUUGUUAAAAAAUAAAACAGGCAUACUAAUAAAUUGUUAAAACUGCUCAGAGUUAAUGUGACAGAAGCAUCAUGUGUGCCUUCUAGUGGAAGAAACGAUUGCAGAAAAGUUUCCUGGGGUUAGAAUAUUUUGCAGUUGCAGAUUCUACCUCCAAUAUGAUGUGAAAGCACAUAAAACAUGAAUCAAAGCAACAAACCUUGUUGAUUUUAAUAUGAAUUUUGAAAAUUAAAUGUUAUUUUGUUAGUUUCAGCCAUCAGUUUUCCCAGGACACCAAAUAGCAGGAAGGACAUACUGAACAAACACUAUGAGACAUAAGCUUGGUUUGUACACUGGAACUUUUCUAUAUUUUAUGUAAAAACACAUAUUUCUCACACAUUUUUGCAAAAUAUAAUAUUACAAAUUAGAAUUGUAUAACUUCAUAAUAAAUAAACAUACAAUGAAUACAAUUAGGAGCCAAAGAUUCUGUGGGAUUCUGUAAAAUUAAAAUACAGGCCUUACAAAAAUCUAAACUUCUAUUCUCAACAAGUGCUGAACACACUGGAACACUUUUGUUUUUUGGCAACCAAAUACUCUGUCAGCUGCUACUUACAUCACUGGGUUUGUCAGAUAAAGUGACAUAAGGGACAGUAAGGAAAAAACAGCCAUAAAGUCUUGUGUAUUGCACUCAUAAUGAGAAAAAGGGCAGAGCAUUGUAGGAAAUAUUUCUGUACUAAUGGCAAUCUAACACCCAAGUUUUGUUACUCAUACCAAAAUUGCACUUUUAUCGAUACCUUGCCUUGAGACACAUGAACAUGUUUUUCUAUAAAACCUUUUUAUUCAUAUCACAAAAGAACCAAACUUUUUAAAUGUUGGAUGUUGCCUAAACACAAGCAGUCAUACAAGAGCUUUGACACAAUAAAAUGCUAAACUUAGAGAUUCUUGACCUUGCAAACAGUAGUUAAUAAAACAAUCUCAGCACAAGUUAGCACGAUAAUCAGACUGAUUUCCCAUUUCAUUUCACAUCAUCAUGUUCAUGUUAGGAGGGGAAGUUAUUUUGUUUCCAUUUUUGAUGACAUCUCGUACAUGUUGGCUCAACAGGUGACAUGGAAGUUCAUUCUUAAGAAAACAAUCAUUGUUUCAUUCUCAGCUUUUAAGCCAACAUGUAUGAGAACAUCUCUAAAUCCAUGACAACGGGGCAAACUCCAUCUCCUGGUGAAGAUCAUGUGAUUGGAUCAAAAGCUCCAGAAUAGCUGCCAAUUAAUCUUGUGGUGUGUUUUGUCAACCGGCAAAUUUUUUAUUU